UUUUGUUGUUUUGUUUUCACAGCAAAAAUGUGUUCAAACUUUUGGACAAUUGAUUGCAAUUAAGAUAUGAUUUAAUAAUGAGAUUAAUAAUUAUGUUUAAUGUAUGCAAACAAAGUCACACCACUUAUAGCCAAUUGAAGUCCGUUUACACCCGUCUCGGGAGCUGUUGUCUCACCACAAGUGGCCGUCUCUUGAGUCCAAAGUCACCGCAAAGUCAUCCCAAUCGGCGUCUGUUGACCACUAAAGCCAAACGCGAAGACAAUGACCACCACUUGUCCGACAAACAGAUCGAUCAGUUGAAUGGCAGCAAUAAUCUGCUCCUUCAUUGUCCCAAAUGGGAUCACAUGUACGAUGUCUUCUAUGGCAGUCGUCAGAGUCAACACAUCGAUCCCAAGACUCACAUUAAGACCACUUUUGAUAUCAAUUCAAAUGAUGGCAAUAAAGAGACCAAUUUGUUGGACACGAGUCACGAGUGGAAACCCGUCGAUAGACUCAACGCAAAGACAUUAAUCAAAUAUUACACACAAUUAGCAAAACUAAGACUCACCGUCUGGUAGUGUUGACCA